UGAAAUUUCCGUCUUUAACUAAUUAGUUACACAAGCAUGGACCCUUGCUAGAAUAUUGUAAGAAAUUCUAACCAGCAAACCCACUUUCUCAUCCAUCCUGUUAACUAUAUAUGUAUAUGAUACCAACCCUUUCUUCUCCAUAUUUUAUUUCAAUUCACAAACCUUUCAUUUCCCUUCUCUAACUAUAUAUUUUGGCUUCCAAAUAUUAAAUUUGGUGCAAUCUUUCUUUGUUCUGCCUUUAAAAAAACAACAGCAAAAGGAGAAAAAUUAAAUGGGGCUAAGAGACAUUGGAGCAACUCUGCCUCCUGGGUUUAGGUUCUACCCCAGUGAUGAGGAACUGGUCUGCCACUAUCUCUACAAAAAGAUCACAAAUGAAGAAGUUUUGAAGGGCACCUUGGUUGAAAUUGACUUGCAUACAUGUGAGCCAUGGCAGCUUCCUGAGGUGGCUAAGCUUAAUGCGAACGAGUGGUACUUCUUCAGCUUCCGGGACCGGAAGUAUGCCACCGGAUUCCGAACCAACCGAGCUACAACAUCCGGAUACUGGAAAGCUACAGGAAAAGAUCGUACGGUGCUGGACCCUGCAACUCGUGAGAUUGUAGGGAUGAGAAAGACCUUAGUGUUCUACAGGAACAGAGCUCCUAAUGGAAUCAAGACUGGUUGGAUCAUGCAUGAGUUUCGUCUUGAAACCCCACAUAUGCCUCCUAAGGAGGAUUGGGUGUUGUGUAGAGUAUUCCACAAAAGCAAGGGAGAAAACAGCAGCAAAUUUGAUCAACAAUUCAUGUUUGAGACAACUGCUCCUUUGGAUAAUGUAUCAGCUUCUUCUCUAACUGAUCAUCAUCACCAGGGUCUGCCUUAUGGGUAUCAUCAGCAAAUCACCUCACUAUCAUCAUCAUCAACAACCCCAACACAUCAUCAUCAAAUAAGCCAUGACCAAAGCUCUUUGCUAAACCUUCUUCAGUUUUCCCAGGAAAGGAGCACCAACCCUUUCACGACCACGACUACUACUACUGAUAUCAGCUCCAAAGGGGAUGAUGAUUAUAGAUUAGUUUGGGAGGUCAUGAACUUGGAAGAAACUAGCUUUGGAGAUGGAGGAGCUUCAAGCUUAGAUGACAUGAGAUCAUUUGAGAUGGGUAACGGCAUGGUUUUCCUAUGAAAUUAAUAUUUGUUUAGUUUAUUUUAAAGGAGAAAAAAAAGUACAUAUUUAUAUGUUUUCCAAUACCCAUUUGUUGAUUGAUGAUGGAUUUGUGGUGUUUGGAUUUGAGGAACAAUUCAAGGUUUGAUUGAAUCAAAUGCUGUUUAUUAGGAAUUAAGAUUGUAUUAGAAGUUUCUACAUGUAUUUAUGGUUAAUUAGGGUUUAUUUA